AUGGCUAAAGAAGUAGCAGUUAUCAUCGUUGGACAAAAUUUUGAAAAGAGAGAUAUCAUCCUGAACAGCAGAGACGAUAAGUUAAAGCGAAUCAGUGAAAUCCAUCGCGCGUAUGAUACUUUACAAUAUCCUCUGAUGUUCUGUCGUGGAGAAGAUGGCUAUUACAUUAAUAUUCCUAAGCGUGAUGAAAAAACUAAGCGUCCUCUAAAUAAGACCGUGUCAGCUUCUGAGUUUUACAGUUAUAGAAUAAUGGCGCGUAAUGGAGAAGAAAAUCAUUUACUUUUAUUUCGCACUCUAUUAAAUCAAUUUUUGGUUGAUAUGUAUGCGAAAAUUGAAACCGAACGACUUAAUUGGAUUCGUAACUUUCAAACAAACUUACAAAGUGAAGAAUACGUUCACCUUAAAGACGCUUUAACGAAAACCGACGGUCAGAUAACAGAAAUAGGUAAAAUGGUUGUGCUGCCAUCAUCUUUUACUGGUGGGCCACGAUACAUGCAUGAACGAACUCAAGAUGCUAUGACUUAUGUACGUCAUUUCGGACGUCCAGACUUAUUUAUUACGUUCACUUGCAAUCCAAAAUGGAAAGAAAUUGAAGAGCUUUUAGUUCAAGGCCAAAAAUCUCACGAUAGACAUGACUUAAUAGUAAGAAUUUUUCACGUGAAAAUUAAGCAUAUGAUGAAUCUUCUGACAAAAGGUUGCAUUUUUGGCAAAACGAAGUGUCAUAUGUAUACUGUGGAAUGGCAGAAACGUGGACUUCCUCACAUUCAUAUCCUUCUGUGGUUAGAAGAAAAGCUGAGACCAGAAUCUAUUGAUAAAGUAAUUAGUGCUGAACUGCCUAAUCAAGAUCAAGAUCAAGAACUAUAUGAAAUAAUAAAAACAAAUAUGAUUCACGGUCCAUGUGGUUCUUUUAAUAGAAAUUCUCCCUCUAUGGUGGAUGGUUCAUGCACGAAAAAAUAUCCAAAACAUUUUAUAAAGGAAACCCAAACAGGAGAAGAUGGAUAUCCUAAAUAUCGUCGGCGAUCUCCUGAAGAUGGUGGAGUAACAACAAUAAUAAAUGGAAUUAAUAUAGACAAUCGAUGGGUGGUACCGUAUAACCCUGUCCUGUGUCGUACAUUCAAAGCUCAUAUAAAUGUUGAAGUUUGCAACUCAGUGAAAUCAAUUAAAUAUAUUUGUAAGUAUAUAAAUAAGGGAUCUGAUCAAGCAGUAUUCACUGUUGGAGAUCUUGAUGAAGUGACAAAGUAUGAAGCAGGACGAUACAUUAGCACUUCUGAGGCAGUUUGGCGAAUAGUGAGUUUUCCUAUCCACGAGAGAUUCCCUCCAGUUAUGCAUCUUGCUGUACAUUUAGAAAAUGGUCAACGAGUUUUUUUUAAUGAAAAUAAUAUACUCAAUCAGAUCAACAAUUCCAAAACAACACUUAUGGCUUUUUUUGAACUCUGUAAAGUGGACAAUUUUGCGAAAAAAUUAUUAUAUUGUGAAGUUCCAGCUUAUUAUGUCUGGAGAAAACACCAGUUUCACAGAAGAAAACAAGGAAAAAUUGUGCCAGGUUAUUUAGGUAUAAAAAAAGAUCAUGUUUUAGGCAGAGUGUAUACUGUCCAUCCUACCAAUACUGAAUGUUAUUACCUCCGUCUUCUUUUGCAUGAAGUUCGCGGUCCAGAGUCAUUUACGGCUUUAAGAACUAUAAAAGAUGUAAUCUAUCCUCCAUUUCAAGAAGCUUGCAGAGUAAUGGGAUUGCUCGAAGACGAUGCUCAUUGGGAUCAAACUUUAGCAGAAGUCUCAAUUUCUGAUUCAUCUUACAAAAUACGUGAAUUGUUUGCUGUUAUGUUAGUUUUUUGCCAAGUUGGAGAUCCAAUUAAAUUAUGGGAUAAAUAUCGAGAUAAUUUCACGGACGAUAUUAAAAGACGAAUGAGUAGGAAUCGCGAAAACUCUGAGUUAGAUGUUGAUAUUAUUUACAAUCAAUGUUUGAUUAAUCUUGAAGAUAUGGUCAUUGCUAUGUCAGGUAAGACUCUUUUACAAUUUGGUCUCACUUCACCAUCUCGAAAACAAGAAUCUGGUAUUAUUAAUCAACAAUAUUUAAAUGAAUUAGCUUAUGACACUGAUAAGUUAACCGAAGAAGUGAUAAAAAGUGUUCCGAUACUGAAUAAAGAACAGAAAGAAGCAUAUGAAUCUAUAUUGAAUAGUGUCGUUUCUGAUUCUGGACGAUUGUUCUUCCUUGAUGCUCCUGGUGGAACGGGAAAAACAUUCUUGAUUAAUUUGUUGCUUGCGAAAAUUAGAAGUGAAAAAAGUAUUGCUAUUGCUGUUGCUUCUUCAGGAAUUGCGGCUACUUUAAUUGACGGAGGCAAAACAGCUCACUCGACAUUUAAAUUACCUCUUGAAAUGAAUCAUUCUGAUAAUAUUCUAUGCAAUAUUUCUAAGCAGAGUUAUAUGGCUCACGUUAUCAGAGAAGCAAAACUGAUAGUAUGGGAUGAAUGCACUAUGGCUCACAAAAAUGCUAUUGAAGCUCUCAACAGAACUCUUAAGGAUAUAAGAAAUAGUGACCGAAUAAUGGGUGGAAUAACUGUUGUUUUAGCUGGUGACUUCAGACAAACUUUACCUGUUGUACCACGAGGUACACGUGCAGAUGAAGUCAAAGCCUGUCUCAAAUCCUCAGUUUUAUGGCCUCAUGUUAACGUACUGUCUUUGAAAAUUAAUAUGCGCGUUCAUCUACAACAUGAUUUGAGAGCAGAAGAAUUUUCAAAGUUACUCAUUGAUAUAGGGAAUGGACAAAUUUCAGAAGUUGACGGACGAAUAAGUAUUCCGGAUAACCUAGGUGAUAUUGUUGAUGAUUUAACUACAUUAACUGAUAAAAUAUACCCAGAUAUCAAUAAAAUUGGAGUUAAUUGCUCUUCAUGGCUAAAAGAAAGAGCUAUUCUGACUCCAACGAAUGAUUCAGCGAAUAGCAUUAACAACUAUCUUAUAGAAAAGCUAUCAACUAAUCAAAUGAAGUAUAAAUCUAUUGAUACAGUCGUAGAAGUUGAUGAUGCUGUCCAUUAUCCUGUCGAGUUCUUACAUACACUCAAUCCACCCGAAAUACCAUCUCAUAUUCUCAAUCUUAAAAUUGGAGCACCAAUAAUGUUACUGCGCAAUUUGAAUCCUCCAAAACUAUGUAACGGUACCAGACUACAAGUGAAAAAUUUACAUAAAAAUAUUAUUGAAGCUACAAUUUUAACAGGUAAACAUGAAGGAGAAGUCGUAUUUAUUCCAAGAAUUCCUUUGGUUCCAUCUGACUACCAUUUCAACUUCAAACGUCUACAAUUUCCUGUAAGGGUUUGCUAUGCUAUGACUAUCAAUAAAGCGCAGGGGCAGAGUUUAAAAUUAGCUGGUGUAGAUUUGAGAAAUGAUUGUUUUUCUCAUGGUCAGUUUUACGUGGCAUGCUCAAGAGUCAGUUCACCGGACAACUUGAUUAUUCUUCAGCCAGAAAAAAAGACGAAAAACAUUGUUUACAAGGAAGUUUUAAGUUUGUAA